AAUAAAAAAAAAUUAAAAAAAGUUGAUAGUCAAACCAAAUGCAUUGUCAAGUUUCUCCCUUUAAUCUGUUUCUUCUCCAUUGAAGCUCAAAAUCAACCAUUGAUUUCCUGUGUUUUCUUUUAGCAUCUUUGUCUUUAUACUUGUUUCUGCAACAGUUUUUCUUGAUUUGCUAUGGAUGACAUUUUGGGUCUUCUCAGAGUUCAUGUGCACAGAGGAAUCAAUCUAGUUACCGGAAAUUCCCUUCAUCGUCAUGUUGAAGUAACGAUGGGCAAACAGAGAUUGAUUACUCGACAGAUGUCAGGAAAAGUCAGUCCUGUGUGGAACGAAGACUUGACUCUUUCAAUUACAAUUCCAGAUCUUCCAAUCAAGAUUCAAGUUUAUGAAGAAGACUACUUAUAUGAUAAUGAAAUAGGAGAUGCAGAAUUUAGCAUCACUCUUUUUCUUGAAGCUGCAAACAUGCGACUUGAAGGCCAUCCGAGCGGAACCAUAGUAGCAAGAAUUCAACCGAGUAGACAAAAUUGCCUUGCUGAUGAAAGCCAGAUUAUCUGGGUUGAUGGCAAGUUGAUUCAAAAUCUUUCUCUUCGGUUGCGAAAUGUGAGGCAUGGUGAAGUAGAGCUCCAGUUGCGGUGGAUUGAUAUUCCUGGUUCUAGGGGUGUGUCACUAAGUGACUAUAUUAUACCUGCAGAAGUCAGGGAAGCAGGUUUUGGGAUUUGUGCUGAUGAGUUAGGAACCAUUGUCCAAGGCCAUGAUAUGAAGAGGCUAAUAUUACAUGGUGGCAUAGAUGGCAUUGCAAAUAAGAUUUCCACUUCAACUGCUAAUGGGCUUUCUACAGAUAAUGAUUUACUGAAUCACAGACGAGAGGUAUAUGGGAUCAAUGAAUGUGCAAAGAGUGAAACUUGGUCUUUCUGGAUAUUUGUUUGGGAAGCCUAUCAUGAUAUGACUCUCAUAACACUUGGUGUUUGUGCUCUUGUAUUUCUAAUAGUUGGCAUAGCAAGAGAAGGAUGGUCUAAAGGGGCUCGUGAUGGCUUUGGAAUUUUUGCUAGCAUCUGGUUGGUUGUGUACGUGACAGCAACAAGUGAUUAUUUUCAAUCAUUACUAUUUAGCGACUGGUACAAGGAGAAAAAAAAGAACACCAUUCAGGUCACAAGAAAUGGAUUUAGACAGAAAUUAUCAAUAUAUGAUUUGCUUGCAGGAGAUAUUGUACACCUUACUGUUGGAGACCAAGUUCCUGCUGAUGGACUUUUUGUUUCAGGAUUUUCUGUAUUAAUUGAUGAAUCAAGUAUAACAAGUGAAAGUAAGUUAGCAAUGGUGAACUCAGAAAAUCCUUAUAUGCGAUCUGGAACAAAGAUCCAACAUGGUUCAUGCAAAAUGAUGGUUACUGCUGUUGGUUUGAGAACCUUAUGGGGUAAACGAAACGCAACUCUCAGUGAAGGAUAUGAUGAAACUCCAUUGCAGGUGAAAUUAAAUGGAGUGGCAACCAUUAUUAGUAAGAUAGGCCUUGCCUUUGUUGCUGUGACUUUUGAAGCUUUAGUGCAAGGCCUAUUUUGCCAUAAAUGGCAUGAAGGAUCCCACUUGAGUUGGUCUGCCACCGAAGCAGUAAAGAUGCUAGAGUACUUUACAGCUGCAGUUGCAAUUGCUGUUGUUGCUAUUCUAGAGGGGCUGCCAGUGGCCCUGACAUCGAGUCUUGCUUUUGCAAUGAAAAAGAUGGUGAAUGACAAAGCUCUUGUCCAACAUUUGGCAGCUUGUGAGACCAUGGGAUCAGCAACAACUAUCUGUAGUGGAAAAACUGGAAUGUUGACUACUAGUCAUAUGACUGUUGUGAAAUCAUGCAUUUGUAUAAAUAUUAGGGAACUAGGGCAACCUGAUAAAACGUCAAGCUUGUGCGCUAAAAUACCUGACUCCAUUGUUAAACUACUUCUAGAAUCAAUUUUUAAUAACACUGCAGGUGAAAUUGAGUUCAGUGAAGAUGGAAAACUGGAGAUAUUGGGAACACCAAUUGAGAGGGCUUUGUUGGAAUUUGGCUUGUCUCUAGAUGGGGAUUUUCAAGCAGUGAGAAAAGCGGUCAAGCUUGUUAAUGUUGAGCCUUUCAAUUCCACAAAAAUGCGAAUGGCAGUAAUGGUGAAGCUUCCUGAAGGAGGCUUGCGAGCCCACACUAAAGGUGCUUCAGAAAUUGUUUUGGCUGCCUGUGACAAGGUUAUUGAUCCAAAUGGUCAAAUUGUUCCCCUCGAUGGAACAUUGCUUAACCAUCUUAAUGAUACAAUUCAUUACUUUGCUAGUGAGGCCCUUACAACACUAUGUCUGGCCUAUAGGGACCUGGAAGGUGGAUUUUCCUCAUAUAAUUCUAUUCCAGCGUCUGGGUAUACUUGUAUCGGAAUUCUUGGUAUUAAAGAUCCUGUUCGUCCUGGUGUUAAGGAAGCAGUUGCAGCUUGUCGUUCAGCUGGUAUCACUAUCCGAAUGGUUUCAGGAGACAACAUAAUUACUGCCAAGGCUGUAGCUAAGGAAUGUGGGAUUCUUACUGAUGAUGGUAUAGCCAUCGAAGGAACUGAUUUUAGAGAGAUGAAACAGGAAGAGAUGCUUGAACUAAUUCCCAAACUUCAGGUGAUGGCUCGGUGUUCACCUAUGGACAACCAUGCACUGGUGGAAAAAUUGCAAACUACGUUUGGAGAAGUUGUUGCAGUGACUGGCGAUACAACAAAUGAUGCCCCAGCUCUUCACAAAGCAGAUAUUGGUCUUGCAAUGGGCAUUGCCGGAACUGAGGUAGCUAAAGAGAGUGCUGAUAUAAUAAUUUUGGAUGAGGGUUUCUCUACUAUCAUUCAAGUUGUCAAAUGGGGACGCUCCAUUUAUAUAAAUUUUCAAAAAUUUGUACAGUUCCAUUUGACAGUUUAUGUCGUUACAUUAAUCAUUAACUUCUCUUCAGCUUGUUUCACAGGGACUGUUCCUUUCACUGUUGUUCAACUUUUGUGGAUAAAUAUCAUCAUGGAUAUUCUAGGACCUCUGGCACUUACAACAGAGCCUCCAAAUGAUGAAUUAAUGAAACGGGCACCAAUUGGGAAGCAAGGGAAAUUUAUUAGUAAUGUGAUGCAGAGGAAUAUCCUAGGCCAGUCCUUAUAUCAGUUCAUUGUAAUAUACCUUCUCCAAGAAAAAUGGAGAGAUAUAUUUGAUAUAGGUGGCCCUGAUUCUGAUCUUGUCCUGAAUACUUUCAUAUUCAAUUCAUUUGUUUUUUGUCAGGUUUUUAAUGUGAUAAGCUCAAGAGAGAUGGAGAAAAUCAACGUUUUCAAAGGCAUACACAACAUGUUCCUUGUAGUUCUUGGUUGUACUGUCCUUUUCCAGAUUAUAAUUGUGGAGUUUCUAGGUGCAUUUGCAAACACAGAACCUCUCACUUUAUCACAAUGGCUCGGUAGUGUAAUCAUCGGAUUUCUAGGCAUGCCAAUGGCUGCUAUCUUAAAAAUGAUAAAUUGCGUUUUGGAGAUGGAGUUUUUUGAAUCGCAUUUCUGGACCGGGAUUUAUCACAGAGAAAAUAGAAUAGUUAUUGCACAAUAGGUUUUCAUCUAUUUCUAGCACUCUAAAAGUACAAGAUGAAAUAUGGAAGGUUGGUUGGAAUGAAAUGAAUGGGACUCCUUCCUUAACCAAAAGUCUCGAGUUUGAGCCUUGGGCAUGGAAAUUGACACACCGGAAGAGUUGCCUUUAUAUGAAAUCCGAGUUCGUAGAUUUAUGUAAGUAUUCCAAUCAACGAACUUGCAGUUUUAAAAUUAUUUGUUUUUGUGAAGUCUGAUGUUUUUUUUAAAGUGUUGAGUGAUCCUUUUUCUUAGCUGAAGUUAGUACUUCCACAGGGAACUGCACAUAACAGUUAAUAAGCCAAGCCAAAACUUUAGUUUUAAGACUUAGUGCAAUGUAUGCGCCUAAAUUUAUCUAAAUCUUGUUAGGUUACUUAUCCCAAACUUUUUGAGUUGCUCAUUCUUAAAAUCGUAGGUGGCCAAUAUGUUAUUUUA